AUGCCGUUGAUCGACACCCCCUUCAGGAGAGUGGCUGUUGAUUUGAUUGGUCCCAUCACUCCAAUUACAGAGCAAGGUAAUCGCUACAUCCUAACACUUGUCGAUUACGCAACGAGGUACCCUGAGACACUCCCACUCAAGAAGAUUGAAACAGAGCGAGUCGCUGAGGCCCUACUGCAGAUGUUUUCUCGCAUCGGUGUUCCAGAGGAGAUUUUGUCUGACAUGGGGACACAGUUUACCUCUGAUCUGAUGAAGGAGGUUGGACGGUUGUUAAUGGUCAAGCAGCUCACCACAACACCAUACCACCCGAUGUGCAACGGGCUCGUCGAGAGGUUUAAUGGUACUCUUAAGAAAAUGCUUCGUCGCAUGUGUAGUGAACGGCCAAGAGAUUGGGACAAAUAUCUACCUGCCCUGUUGUUCGCAUACCGAGAAGUCCCACAGGAAAGCACCGGAUUCUCACCGUUUGAGCUGAUCUACGGAAGAACUCUUCGAGGACCAAUGGCUAUCCUUAGAGACUUGUGGACUACAGAACAUGUCGAAGAUGAAGAGGUCAAAUCAACCUACCAAUAUGUAGUCGACCUGCGUGAACGCAUGGAAGCUACCUGUACCAUGGCUCAAGAGGAACUGAGCAAAACUUCAAAGAGGUACCGCAAGUACUAUGAUGUCAGAAGUCGUGACCGGAAGUUUGCAGGGGAUGAUGAAGUCCUCAUUCUUCUUCCUACUUACCAAAACAAGCUACUGAUGCAGUGGAAAGGUCCCUUCAAAAUCACAAAGAAGAUAGCCAAACACGAUUACCGAGUCAAGGUUGGGAACAAGGAUAAGACCUACCAUACAAACCUGUUGAAGAAAUAUGUGAGACGCGAAGAUGAGAAGUCAGAAGUAAUGUCAGUCUCCAACCACUUGUCGUUAGCCUGUGCAGGAAUUGUAGAAGCAGCUGACGAAGACUUCGAUGAUGACACCCCAGCGCUCGAGUUACCUCCUCUAGAGCAGAACGAGUAUUCAACGGAUGUCCAUAUUGACGAGAACAGAAGUGAGCCUGAAACGCAGUCCGUCCGAAACCUACUUGAAGAAUACACUGACGUGUUCACAGAUAUGCCGGGUAGGACACAUUUAGUCGAAUAUACAGUCAAACUUACCACAGAUGCCCCAAUCAGAUCCAAACCGUACCCAGUUCCACAUGCUGUCAAAGAUACCAUCCGCAAAGAAGUUGAGACGAUGAUGAGACUUGGUGUCAUUAAAUCCAGCACUUCACCGUAUGCCGCUCCCAUAGUCUUAGUUCACAAGAAAGAUGGCUCCAACAGGUUCUGCAUCGACUUCCGCAAGUUAAACAAAGUAACAGUGUUCGACCCAGAGCCCAUACCCAACACCGACGACUUGAUGGCCAAAUUAGGACAAGGGAAGUAUUUCUCUAAAAUAGACUUAUCGAAGGGAUAUUGGCAAAUCCCCAUCGCCCAACAAGACAAAGAGAAAACAGCAUUCGUAACAUCAGAUGGUCUUUACCAGUUCUCCGUCUUACCGUUUGGUAUGAUCAAUGCCCCCGCUGCUUUCAGCAGGAUGAUGCGCAAGUUGUUGUCUGGUCUGCAUAAUGUCAUCAAUUACAUCGAUGAUAUCCUCAUCUUUUCAGACAUGACUAAAGGCAAGAGCGCUAAGGACAUUGUUUGGGAAGAGCCACACGAAACCACACCAGACAAGUUUGAUCGGAACCGCCCAUGGGCUGGGACCGCUGUGAUUCAUCCCACUGCACUGUGGAGCCUUCCUGCUCUAGACACUGAGGUCGUGGACAUCUGGCCCGCCAAGUCGCAUGUAAAGGAGCGUCAUCCACCUCCGAUUCGCCAGUGCAAGGAUCCCUUCGUGGACCGCUGGACGAUCGCUCACCCAACAGUGAACUGA